AAAAAGAACCUUCCUGUUGAGGAUUUGGAAAUAAAUUUUUAGAAAAAACCAAAUAUGAAAAGAAAAAAAAAAGCAUAGGCAAGGAGCAUCUUUUUGUUUUAGUAAUUUUCUUAGGCUGAAUGAAUAGUGAACUGUUUUGUUUCAUCGAAUAUUUAUUGUUCUCUCUUUAUUGCAAUUUCCCAGAACUUCCUUUUUCUUCAUUUCUCUCAAUCUACUUUUGUCUCCAUACAAAGUUAAGAAGCCCCUGAGCAUUUGAUUCCUUCACGUUUAGCUUUCUAAGGGUUUUGGUGGGAGUUGUUAAGGGUUGUUUAUUCUAAUGGGGAAAGGUUCAAAAAACAACUGCAAGUCAGCAUCCCACAAGCUCUUCAAGGACAAGGCAAAGAACCGGGUGGAUGAUCUUCAGGGGAUGUUCUUGGAUCUGCAGUUUGCGAGGAAGGAGAGCCGUGGCAUUGAUGUUGCAGUCCUUGAGGAGCAACUCCAUCAGAUGCUCCGUGAAUGGAAAGCUGAGCUCAAUGAACCUUCUCCAGCUUCUUCAUUGCAACAAGGGUGAAAAUACUUUCCGAAAUGUGUGGUCCUGAAUUGGUGAUCCUCUGAUGAUUUACAAGGUGGGAGUCUUGGUUCAUUUUCAUCGGACAUUUGUCGCCUGUUGCAGCUUUGCGAGGAGGAAGA